AGAGUCUAGAGAGAGAAGCAGUGAGAGACCUGCACGCAGAGAGGACAGAAGGAUAAUAACCAUGUCAGCCGCGUGGAAGCAGCUUGCUUUUCAGAUCCUCCUGCUUUUCAUCUCCUGCAGACACAUCAAUACAAAGACAUCCGGUCCAACAUCCCCACCUCUGGAUCCCAUCGGCCCCCUUCAAACGGUCGAAAAGGGUUAUGUACUGAAAGGUAACAGUCACACUGAGAAAGUUGAACUGUUGAACCCGGUCAACCUGGUUCUGAUGUGUACCUGGGCGGGUAGUCAGAACAAAUCAUUAAACAUUACCGGCUUCUGGAGGAAAGAUGGAGAGGAGAUAGAGAACAGCCGAGUCACAGUGCAGCUGAAGAAUGAGCAGUAUAAUCUCAUACGAAGGUUCAGAAUCGUGAGUGAAGAGGACCUCAGGUGUUACUCAUGUGUUUUUGGAAGCAAAGCAAAAAUAGACUUUGUCUUGGCAGCUCCACAGAUUGGUGAGGUGCGAGACAAACCCAUAGUCAGCUACGUUGGGGAUUCUGUGGUGAUCACAUGUAAAAUAGAGGACAGUAAACCAAAACCAAACACCUGGAACUGGUAUAAGGCAAAUGAUACGGGCAAGGAGCAGAUUUCCACUGCUGCAGAGAAUCACAAGUAUGGAAUCAAAAAUGAGGAGAGGAAGACCAAACUGCUGGUUCACAACCUGACCGAGGAUGACUCUGGCUUUUAUUACUGUGGAGCAGUGUACAACAUCAGCACCACGAUGGGUCAUGUGGAAUUAAAGGUCAUCAGUUUCUACGAGCCUCUGAAGCCCUUCAUAGCCAUCGUGGUUGAAGUGAUCAUCCUGGUUGCCGCCAUUUUGCUCUAUGAGAAGAGUCAGUCCAAGAAAGAUUACACAGCAGCAGGAAAUGGUGCAAAUGAUCAGACAAACACACAGUCACCUGGUGAAAAUAACGGAGCAGAGGAAAGCUCUUCAAUGAGACAGCGGAAAGUUUAAAACAAACAAAUGUCUUCGAUCCAACAGAUCCAGGAACCUUUAAACUGUGGACACAAGUGUCAACAAUAUAGAGCUUUAGAGCAAUAUCUCAUUCACUGUUUUAUGAAUUCACUGUUUUCACCUUAGAGCAAUAACCACCACUUAAGUGUCACUCCUUAUACUCAUACACAAGUACAGUAGCUCUUAUAUUUUGGAUUCUUGUCUCACUAUAUUUCACAUGAGGAUGUGGUUUUAUUUUCUAACAAUAGAGAUGUUACAAGAGCUGAGAGAGCAAAGCAUUUACCUGUUUAUAGCCUCACUUCCUGUGGAAAAGAACACAUCACCAUGCCUUUAACCCCACUCUGUCAAAAAGACGUACUACUUCACUAACCUCAGCUCUUCUUCCGUUCUCUACAUCUCUUACUUUGCAUCAUGAUUUGUGAGCAGUGCCUUACACUCCCUGAAAGCCCUUAACUUACCAUUCAUAGUGUACUAACAGCAGCUUUAUGUCACUUUACAUUUCUUUCUGUAGCAACGUGUGGCAAACAUACUGAGUAUCUGCACAACCUUAUCAUGCAUCAAGAUAUAUUAUUAUAUAUGUAGAUUCUUGUGUGUGUUUGUCAUCUCACAGUAUAAGAUGGUCGGAGAGGUCAUCAUUCCUCUUUAGGAUUUCAGCUGCAAGUCUUUGGUUGUUCAAUUGCACUUACCUGAAAUAUUUGCCUACACUGUGUAUGUAAACGAGUACAUUAGAAAAACAUGACUCACUGUGAUUCUGCUGGUUCAACACACUGUAUCUCCAAUUGAGUUGCAUUAUGGGUGUUAAAGGUGUGCAGAUUUAUGUGGAAUAAAAGACUUAGGUUGCCUUUCAGUACUCUUA